AACUUAGCACGAAAUCUAACGGGAUUAAUCGAACGCACGUAUGCGCCACUUGCCAGCCUCGUACGAUACCGUUGUCGUCCGCAACGUUUGACGAUACAAGUAGCUGUCAAAGUCGUUUUUUAAAAUCGGUUCUAUAUGGCAUCGCUGACUUCUAUUACUCCAGAAAAGGCGAAAGCUGCACUGACAGACAUUCUUAGUGCACUAAAUACACCAGAAAAUGUGAAAAAAGUAACUGAAGCAAAAGAAAAUUCGGGCAACGAGAUGCUGAAGAUGAUGCAAUUUGUCUUUCCAAUUGCUACGCAAAUCCAAAUGGAUGUAAUUAAGAAUUAUGGUUUCCCAGAAGGGCGUGAAGGUACUGUACAAUUUUUACAACUAAUUAGGACACUAGAACGAGACGAUCCUGAGAUUGCACAGCUUCAUGGUCAAGUUCGAGCUUACUUCUUACCACCUGUAACUAUAAGUACGUCAACAGAGGCAUCACUUUGAAAUAACAGACAACUUCAAAUUAGGGAGCUGUAUUAAAUGUGUGGCAGUAUUAUGAUUGUUACGAUUAUCCAUCAUUGAAAUGAAAAGAGAGAUUCUGAGUAAUUGCAUUAUCUAUUAAUUCACAAUCCAUUGUAAUAAAUGAGUGUUUUAUUAAUAUAUCGGUUUAUGUUAUCUACGAAAUAAUAUAUCCAUAAUAUACAUAUGUAAAGCAUUUAUUAAUUUUAAGGCAAAUUUUCAUGGGAUCCCCUAUUUAUAUCAUUAGUUAUAUGUAUAAAUCAUUACAUUUUUUCGUUAAUCAAAUGCAAAAUUGUAUAGGCUUAUAAAUCAUCGAAUAAAGUCAUUUUUUUAUCUGGUA